GCUGGGGGAGCCGCAGGCGCCUCUGCUCCGCCGCGCUCCAAGCUGCAUGUGCCGCGGCAGGAUGGCCGUGCUCAAACUCACCGAGCAGCCACCACUGGUCCAAGCAAUAUUCAGCGGUGAUCCAGAGGAGAUACGGAUGUUGAUCUACAAAACUGAGGAUGUUAAUGCUCUGGAUGGGGAGAAACGCACCCCGCUUCAUGUCGCAGCUUUUCUGGGGGAUGCAGAGAUCAUUGAGCUCCUCAUUUUGUCAGGGGCUCGUGUCAAUGCCAAGGACAAUAUGUGGCUGACCCCUCUUCAUCGGGCAGUUGCCUCAAGGAGCGAAGAAGCAGUACAGGUAUUGAUUAAGCAUUCAGCGGAUGUUAAUGCUCGGGACAAGAACUGGCAGACCCCGUUGCAUGUGGCAGCUGCGAACAAAGCCGUGAAGUGUGCAGAAGUAAUCAUUCCAAUGCUGAGCAGUGUCAACGUCUCUGACAGAGGGGGGCGCACCGCAUUACACCAUGCUGCUCUCAACGGACACAUCGAGAUGGUGAACUUACUUUUAGCCAAAGGGGCAAACAUCAAUGCUUUUGACAAAAAGGACAGGAGAGCUAUUCAUUGGGCAGCAUAUAUGGGUCACCUGGAAGUUGUUGCCUUGCUGAUUAACCAUGGUGCAGAGGUGACUUGUAAGGACAAAAAGGGUUACACUCCACUUCAUGCUGCUGCAUCCAAUGGGCAGAUUAAUGUAGUGAAACACCUUCUUAAUCUAGGUGUAGAGAUUGAUGAAAUGAAUGUUUAUGGAAAUACUGCGUUGCACAUUGCUUGUUAUAAUGGUCAGGAUUCUGUAGUUAAUGAGUUGAUUGACUAUGGUGCUAAUGUUAAUCAGCCAAAUAACAGUGGAUUUACCCCCUUGCAUUUUGCUGCUGCCUCCACUCAUGGAGCUUUGUGUCUUGAACUAUUAGUGAAUAAUGGAGCAGAUGUAAAUAUUCAGAGUAAAGAUGGCAAAAGUCCACUGCACAUGACAGCUGUCCACGGAAGGUUCACACGGUCCCAAACCCUUAUUCAGAAUGGAGGUGAAAUUGACUGUGUUGAUCAGGAUGGCAAUACCCCUCUGCAUGUGGCUGCGAGAUACGGACAUGAGCUUUUGAUUAACACCCUAAUAACCAGUGGAGCUGAUGCUGCCAAGUGUGGUAUCCACAACAUGUUCCCCUUGCACUUAGCAGCACUAAACGCUCACUCGGACUGCUGCAGGAAGUUGUUGUCAUCAGGACAAAAGUAUAGCAUAGUGUCCUUGUUUAGUAAUGAGCACGUGCUGUCUGCAGGCUUUGAAAUAGACACCCCUGAUAAUUUUGGAAGAACGUGCCUCCACGCUGCUGCUGCAGGAGGUAAUGUUGAAUGUGUAAAACUCUUGCAGAGCAGUGGAGCAGAUUUUAAUAAAAAGGACAGAUGUGGGAGGACACCUUUGCACUAUGCAGCUGCGAAUUGUCAUUUUCACUGUAUUGAGACAUUGGUGACCACUGGGGCAAAUAUUAAUGAAACAGAUGAGUGGGGACGUACUGCGUUGCACUAUGCCGCUGCUUCGGACAUGGACAGAAAAAGAAAGAAUAUUUUAGGUAACUCCCAUGAAAAUGCUGAAGAACUUGAAAGAGCCAAUGAGAUGAAGGAAAAAGAAGCUGCAUUGUGCCUAGAGUUUCUGCUUCAAAAUGAUGCCAAUCCAUCAAUUCAAGACAAAGAAGGGUACAACACAGUGCACUAUGCUGCUGCUUAUGGUCAUAAACAGUGUUUAGAAUUGAUUCGAAGCAAAACUCCAUUGGAUAUACUUCUGGAAAAAACCAGCAACAUUUUUGAUGAACCAGAUUCAGUAGCUACUAAAAGUCCUUUGCAUUUAGCUGCCUAUAAUGGUCAUCAUCAAGCCUUGGAGGUACUUCUUCAGUCUCCGGUAGACCUGGAUAUUAAGGAUGAGAAAGGACGCACUGCCUUGGACCUGGCUGCCUUUAAAGGACAUGCAGAAUGUGUUGAAGCUCUCCUCAAUCAGGGUGCUUCCAUCUUGGUAAAAGAUGAUGUCACCAAAAGAACCCCUCUUCAUGCCUCAGUCAUCAAUGGUCACACACCAUGUUUGCGGCUGUUGCUGGAAGUUGCAGACAACCCUGAUGUGACAGAUGCCAAAGGACAAACCCCACUGAUGCUUGCUGUGGCUUAUGGACACAUUGAUGCUGUUUCCUUGUUACUUGAAAAAGAAGCAUCUGUAGAUGCAGCUGAUCUCUUGGGAUGCACCGCUUUACAUAGAGGGAUUAUGACUGGGCAUGAGGAAUGCGUUCAAAUGCUGUUGGAACAAGAAGUAUCUAUCUUGUGCAAAGACUCCAGAGGCAGGACACCUUUACAUUAUGCAGCAGCUCAUGGUCAUGCCACUUGGUUGAGUGAAUUGCUGCAGAUGGCAGUGUCAGAAGAGGACUGUAAUUUCAAAGAUAAUCAAGGUUAUACACCAUUGCACUGGGCUUGUUAUAAUGGUAAUGAAAACUGCAUAGAGGUACUAUUGGAACAGAAAUCGUUCCGCAAAUUUAAUGGUAAUAACUUCUCUCCAUUGCACUGUGCCGUAAUCAAUGAUCAUGAAAACUGUGCUUCACUGCUCAUUGGUGCCAUAGAUGCCAGCAUUGUCAAUUGUAAAGAUGACAAAGGAAGAACUCCACUGCAUGCAGCAGCCUUUGCCGAUCACGUGGAGUGCUUGCAGCUUCUUUUAAAUCACAACGCACUGGUAAAUGCUGCAGAUAAUUCAGGGAAAACACCACUUAUGAUGGCAGCUGAAAAUGGACAUGCAGGUGCUGUAGAUUUUUUGGUGAAUAGUGCCAAGGCUGAUCUGACUGUAAAGGAUAAGGACUUGAAUACACCCUUGCACUUGGCUAGCAGUAAAGGUCAUGAAAAAUGUGCCUUGUUAAUACUUGAUAAGAUCCAAGAACAGAGCCUUAUUAAUGCAAAAAAUAAUGCAUUGCAGACACCUCUCCAUAUUGCUGCACGAAAUGGCCUGAAAAUGGUGGUUGAGGAGUUGCUGUCCAAAGGGGCAUGUGUACUAGCGGUAGAUGAAAAUGGUCAUACGCCAGCCCUGGCUUGCGCUCCUAACAAAGACGUGGCUGACUGCCUGGCACUCAUUUUGGCUACCAUGAUGCCUUUUUCUCCUUCCAGUUCAAUGACGCCUUUCAACUUCGUUUGUUUUAAAAAAGACAAUUUAAGCAGGACACACCUCUGCGAUGGCUCCAAUAUGGCCAGCAUUAACUCUCACAAUAAACCCUUGAGUAACAAUAUAGGAACAGAGGAUGGGUACAAUGAAAAUGAUUCUGAUUCUGAGACAUUUUGACUUUGGUAAUCAAAGCUUUUUCUUAAUUGCAUUUUUUUUAAAAAAAAGCUUGAAUCCCGUACUAUAUUUUUAAAGUAUUAUUGGCCAAAACUUCUGGAAUUAGGCAUUGAAAGUAAAAGUAAAAUUGAAAGUAGUCUAGCCUUUAGUACAAAAGUUAGGGAUUUUCAAUUGGGCUGAAUUCAUAUUUAUGUUCAGUAGCUUCAGUGUCACUGUGUUUCUUUAGGUUUUCUUUCCUAAGUGCUCCUGUGAAAGUUUCUACCUCUUCUUUUAAGUGGAAAAAAAGAAAUGCCUUUUUUGACAGCACAAAUGAACAGGGAACUGUUGUAUAAAAUACUCAUGUGUCCUAGUUCUAUAGUUGGUACAAAGAUGUCUUUCCAAUGUGGCUUUAUUAGAUUCCAAGAAAGACUCCCAACUCUCUCUCGUUGUCUAUUUCCUAGUUAACACAGGUUCUGUUGAGUAGAUAAUAGCUUGUUACAAACCAAAGGUAAAGUGCAUCUUUUUAAAAAACUCCCUGUAUUACCUUCUCUAAGAGAAAUAAAACAUUUUACACUUUGCAUGUAUUAAGCACUUAAAUAUACAAAAGGCACUUUUAAAAGAUCCUAGGUACAGCACAAAAUUAGAAGAACACUGAUAUAAAAAUGUAAGGCCAAAUCCUACUUGUUUCACUCAUGCCAAUAAUUUCCCACUGACAUCAGUGGAACUAAAGGUUGAACCUCCCUAGUCUGGCACCCUCAGGACUUAAGUGGUGCCGAACCAGAGAAUUUGCUAACCCACAAGGGCUCAUUAUUUUUUAGCAGCAUUACCAACACUUCCAUUGCUUACUGAGCUCUUAGAAGACAUUUGGGGGUUAAUUAGAACUAAAUAACAGAACAGAACACUGGGAGCCAUAA